AUGAGGAAGGCUGCUUUUGCACUCCGUGCUUUUAAUGUUGAAACAUCCAGAGCUAUGGAUGUUGCUUUCGAUCCUAAAAUAGUUCUUAUGCGCCUUCUAUGGUGGAAAGAAGCAAUUGACGAGAUAUUUUCGAACAAAUUAAUCGAGCAUCCUGCUCGAAUUAAUGAUGCCAAUAGAGAGGUUAAUGAUAUUCCUGAAACUUUGGAAGAGUUGGAAUGUUAUGCUGAGGACACUGCGUCGACUAUCCUGUACUCAACACUUCAAUCAGGUGGUAUUACAUCCAUAGUAGUAGAUCAUGCUGCAUCGCAUAUUAGCAAGGCGAGUGGCCUCUUAUUGCUCCUCAAGUCUCUAUCAUACCAUGCUAGCAAAAACCGUCAUUUUCCUUACACACCUACUGAGGUGGCAGAAAAACAUAGGUUGUUGAAAGCUCGGGAAUUAAGUGGAACAAUUCCAACUGAAGCUCGUCCAGUACUGUUGCCGGAUGUGACUGCUGAAGUUAUUCUGGACACAUUAAGGCGUGUUCAGUUUGAACGUCGUGCGCUACCAUUGCACACAGUGGAUUGUGAUCUCCGUGUUCGAAGCGGCAUCGAGAUGCUGUGGCACUUUGUCAAUGCACAACGGCCUUUACAGGCUGCGAAGCCAGAGCUGUGCCGCACACUCAAUAGUGAGGUGGUGGUGUUCGGUCAGGUUAUUGGCGUUGCGGGUUGCAGGCACUACGUGUUUUCCUACAACGUUACUGCGUUGGUGUUGGAUGAAUAG